AUGACCACGGGGAGCGGAAGAGAGCUGGACCAAACAGGGGCAGCAGAGCAGCAGCUUGCCCGGCUGUAACACAGCUGUGUGCAGUGAGAGCUAUAAACAGUUAUUUGUACAGUAAAAACCUUUUCUUAAAGAUACGGAUUUAUGAUUAAUUUAGACAUUGUUUUAUAAGCGGUAAACUCCAUGGCUGAGACAGAACAGGACUCCGAAGGUAACACUAAACUAAAGUCGAUGUUUAACUUUGAGAUCUAACUUUUGCUCAUUUUACCUGUCGGUUUUUGUGAUGAUAGAUUUCUUUGACUGUUCAAAAAGGUUUUAUUUGUUUUCCCUGGUGUAGAAAUUAGUUUUAAAGCUGUGUUUAAUUGUCUUGAAUGCAGACAUCCAAACACUGCGGUCACCUGUGACUGUAUGAGUGUGUAUUCCUGCUCUGUCAUGUGCUGGCCCGUCGAGAUUACAGGAUUUAAUGUCUUUGACUGCUCUGUCUGUUUGUCAGGACAUUAUGUUUUGACCUGGAUGACAGCGGGAUUUUCCUCUUUGCUAGUCAUAAUUUAUAAAAACCUUUGCAGACUGAGAGUGUACAAGAACAGAAAUUCCUGUAUUUGCUUAAUCUGUCCUAAAAACACACAUGAUCAGACUUGUUAUGAUUGAUUUGUGAGUGGAAAUGGCAGAGUAAGUCACCACAUACAACCCAGUACAGCACCCACAGAGAUAAUAUCACGAUCAGUUCUGCCAUAACUGAUGAAUUUUAGACUAUCAGUGUCAGGUUUGAUAGAAGGGAAAUCUUUUCACAACAUUAAAGGGACAUUCCGGCGUAAAAUUAAUUUAGAUUCAAACAGGAAGAAACAUUUAUAAUCAUUUCUUCAUCAUUUCCUUGAAGUAAUAAUCAUCAUAUUAAUCAUUUUGCACUGCAGAUGCAGUAGUUCUUCUGCAUUAGCGUCUCGGUCUGAUUUCAUUUCCAUGAAGAAAUGAUCAUAAAUGUUCUUCCCUGAGCUGCGUCACCCCGCUGUAGUUUGUAAUGGACUGGCCUUGGGUCUCGCUAUAGCAAGCGGCAGCUGGAAGAGAGUAGGUGAGUUGUGUUUAGUCUCUUUGCCAAAGAAAUCAGGCAAAAUUAAAAAGAUGUUUGGUGGCUGUUGAUGAAGUUAGGUGCUGUUCUGAGCAUUAUUUGUGGCUAUAGAGUAGCUUUUGGUUCUCUCGAGGAGGUGCCUAAAUUGGUGUUUGACCCUAAAUUAAUAUUACACCGGUGUAUCCCUUUAAAAGCAUUUUAAAGAUGAUAAUAUAGUUGUUUGGAAAUGGUGGUGCAAGAGUCAGGACUACAAUUUAUUGCAGUAUCAAUGUUUUUCCCUCCCCUAAUUGCUGUAAUGUUGAUGAUACUCAGGUAUUUUUAUUUUUUAUUCUGUAAUCCCCAAAACGCCCAUGUGUUGUUUAUUAUUCGUGGAUCUAGCUACUUUUGAUAUUUUGAAAAUACAUAUAAUUUCUUUGCAUUAUGACUUGAUAUAACUUAUUUAUGGUGGACAAGAACUGCCACUGCUGCAAAAAGAAGAAACAGUGCUGAUAAAAAAAGCCACAAAGGAAGUAAACGACGCCAAAAAAAGCGCACAGAGCGAAAUUAAACAGUAAUCUUUCAACUAACUUCUUUGCCUGUCUUCUCACCGUCGUCUUCUGUGCCUAGAUCGUAAAACAGCGAUGCAUUAUCGUUUUAUGUCCCCGGCAGCUCACUUCCAUUGUGGCUUUUUUUAUUUGCAUCCUUUUGUUUUCGCAGUAAGAAGCUUUUUUUUUUUUUUUUUGCAUCGACACUUUUUUUGCAUCAUUAACUUCUGUUGUGCCUUUUUUAAAAAUCUGCACUGUGUCUUUUUUUUACUUGCAGCUGGCUUCAGGUUUUUUUUUUUUUUUUUUUUUGCAUCAGUAACUUCUGUUGUGACUUCUUUUUUGCAUUCUUUUUUAAUUUGCAACAGUGGCAGUUCUCGGCCACCAUACUUUUUGACUUUUGGUCAAAUAAAAAAGUAAAACUUUUAAAACUAAAGCCUUAGAUUCUUUGAAGUAGAAAUAAGCUUUUUUCAGCAUUGUCUGACAUUUAGAAAUAAUGAUAAGACGUUUUCUUGUGAACUUCCUUCCCUAUAGACUAUCAUUUCUAAAAUUCCCUUUAAUCAGCUGGUUUAGCAUCAGUUCUGACUCAGGACACCUUGUUCCUCUUGUGUAAUAUGCUGUAGUAAUUGUGGGUUUUUUUCUCUCUCUGAUGCUUGCCAACUUAAUCGAGCACAUCCGAGCAGCUGACUCUGUCAUGCAUUGUGAUUAUUCUAACAUUUCAUAAGCUGCUCUCAUGCAUGACUGAGUCUUCAGAGGUCCUCAGUGUGGAUCAGGUGUGGUGAGUCUUCACCAUGAUAGUGAUACCCCAAAAACUUGGAGGGGGGUCUUUAUAUUCAGGGGUAAUUUUUCCUCAUAGACUCAAAUUCCAAACAUCAUGACAACACUUACAGACAGUCAGAAACUUUUUUUUAGCCUCACCUAGUUUGGCUGAAACAGGAUCUAUUCAUGUGAGCCAAAAAUUGAAGUGAAACCCUGUAAAAGUAGAUCUCUCAGUCCAUACCAGAUAUCACCUCAUGGCCACAAAUAACCCCAAAUGUGUUUAUCAGUAAAUCACUUUUUCUGUGUUCAAGAUUUUUCCUUUAACUCUGGUGUAAGUUGAGGUUUUGGACUCCUCACCUGUGGGUGGCCUCUCUCUGUGGACUGCAAGACCAGAUGCUGGGGCGAGAUACCAAGUUGUUGGCAGAUUUCCAGUUACAGUUAGGGUUUUGAUUGACAGACAUGUAGCCCAAUAGGUGUCUUAGUCAUCUCUGCCUUGGUGCCUGUGAACCAGAAGAGCCAGAUAUUUGCAGGGAUUUACUCAGUUUGUGUCAAAUCUGGCAGCACGGCAGAUGGCCUGCACCCACUUUUGUUUGUCUGAUUGCUAUCCGCUGUGACGAUCGACACACUCCUCUGAUCAAAGAUAUGUAUGCACUCCGUCUCCUGCCCAUUGUUUGCUUUGAAAUGUGAAGUGUUUUGGAUUCUUCUGGCUGUUUUCAUUCUUUUCAUCACGGCACGCAACCCCUGUCAUGGCGAGGACACCUCGCCCCCUUUGUAUUUUGCACAGUUAAUUAAAAUUCUGUCACUCUCACUCAAAUUUCGUUCAAGUCAAGGGGUAUUCUUCAUUCUGUCAUAGCUUAUGGUUAUUUAAUUUAGUCACGGGAUCGUAGUGUGAAGGAGAACACAGCCAGUGGGUUGCUGAGAGACUUCAGGCCGGAAACAGAUAAAAUCUUGCAGUGUGGAGUUCAAGACUGCUAAAACUUGCUCCUCAAUAUGCUUGUCACUGAAGGCUAAACUAGCUAGUAGCAUUAAAUCUCUGAUCCAACUGUUGUGGGUUAGGUUGGAUUGUAAGGUCCAAGGUUGUGUUUAAGUGACAGACUCCAGUGUUGAAAUAUGAAGCCAGCGUGGAAAUGUGUCAAACUGAGUUUUCACAAAAGUCAAGGUGAUCCCUGUAGGCCCACGGAUCAUAUAAUCAGCAGAAGUAGCGUCUCUGACUUUGCUCAUUUGUUUACUAAGUGUUGAAGCCUAGAUUGCCACGUUGGUAACACUGACUCAACAUAACUUUUGGUCAGCCUAACAGAGGCAGGCCUUUACCCUCCUUAGAAAUAGCUACACUCAGUACGUUUACAUGACACUCGAGAAAACAGAAUUAUUGCCUUACUCCGAAUAAGACCGGACAACUGAAGUGCAUGUAAACACAUUAGUCUGACUUUAAUCAGAGUUUGAGAACUCUGAUUGGAGUCAAAGAACUCUGAUCAGAACACCCAGAUAAUGUGAUUGGAAUUCGAUUUUCUCUACCAUGUAACCGGCAUAGUCGGCGUAGUAUGAUUAGACAAUGCAUGUAUGCGUGCACCACGCCGCCGUAACCCCAAAACACAAGAAAAGAGGAGUAGUGGCAUCUCAUCUGCAGAAAAAGUAGCGCGUACAUCAUGUAUGACAAAAACAGCGCUGUACUGAUGCUCCAUCUUCUUGCUCGAAAAUGCCCAACAGCAGAUGUAGACACUUCUGACGUCUGGACCUGCUGUUGUUGUUGACGGUUUUAUGAGGUCGGAAACUGCGCAACUGAAAAGACUCAUAUCGCCCCCUAGUUUUGGGGACACGUUCUCAUCAAUAAUUUGAUUUUCUCAGCUGCAUGUAUGCGGAGAAGUAGAGAAGUCCGAUUUGGCGGAAAAAAAAAACAAGUUAUGAGCUUAGUCCGAUUAAGCUGUUACAAAAUAUUUCAGUGGGUGCUGUGGGAGCCCUGAGCUAUUCAGACCGAAACCAUUUUGAGCCAGACUGUAAACAUGUACAUUUUUGCUCUGUAAAGUGUCUUUUUGGCUUUGAGUGUACGGGAUUUCCAGUGCUCAGCAAGCCUCAAGUGGGCACUGAAGGAACUGCAGUUUUCAGUACUUCCACAUCGGUUUAAUUUCUGCAGACAAGAGGCUGGCACAUGUUAAAGUCCAGUAUUUACAGCAUAAACAAGCAUAUUAACAGCCUGCUUCAAAAACAGUUUUAUGUAUUUAUUUGUUGCAGACUGCAUUUUUAUAACACUUUCAUUCAGUGAUAUUGUGGGGAAGAGUGUUGCUCAAAUUUGGAUAGAUAGAGGUGCAGCUGAGUCAACAAACAGGUGGAUGAGGUGUUGUCUUUACUUAGAAGGCCAAAGGCCCACCUUAGCUAGCACACUGCCUGUUUCUAGACUGAUUGGUUAGGUUGAGUCCUCUGACAUGGCAUAAAGGUAUUAUAGCUUUACAGAUUUUCAAUAUUUGCAGAUACUCAUGUUCAGCCAAUACAUCGGUGCAUCUCUGCUCCUUUUUAUUUGUUUAAAUGCGUCUGAUCAAUGCUCAAAGUGUGCAACUCAUCAGGUAUGAUGCAUAUGCGUCAGUACAAAUGAUACUAACACAUCUAUUGAUUGUUAAGGCAUUGAUAAACAAAAUUUUGUGAUUUUUUUCAGGAUUAAAUCUCCCUUUGCUUCUUUGUUUUAAAAAUGAAGAAGUCCAAAAUAUAAGAUUAAAUCUCCAUCUUAAUAUCACUUAAGACCAGACCUUUAACUCCGUUAAACUUUUUUAUUUUAGUUUACAUAAAUUAAAUGUCAGAGCUAUUUAAUUUCAAACAGAUAGCUGGUUUAUCUUCUGGCUUCUCCUACUGAGGAAACACAUUGAUUGGCUCCUGAAAAGACAGGUACAGUUAACAAUUAUCCCUGUUCAAACCACAUUAGAUGUAAAGAAAUUACAAGAAAUUACAUGUCUGAUGGUGGUGCCCAGUCAAUGGUGCAUAAGGAGAACUAGCUGGUCCCUGACUUUUCUGAGUGACUUACAGCUCUCUGUCUCUUUGUUAACAUUUCAUGCUGACUAAUAUAGAACAGUCCAAGUGUUCCUGUUCUGUUUCACUUCUUCUUUCAUUUUACAUCUCUGCAAAGCUCAGAUGUGGUUCUGCUGACUACUUGGGUUUUUUUGGGUUGCGAUUCAUCCUGACUCAGCUUUUUUUUCCUCCACACACGUGCCGACUCAUGCCGCCAUGUAAUGCCGCCGAUAAAUUUCCCAUGUCUGUCUCGAGUCAAGUGAGGAGCGACGACAUAAGUCCUCUAAGAACACUUUUUGCCAUUAAAGAACUACAACUAUCAUGACUAUUUCAGUUAUUUCCUGAAUGUUGAACAAAAUGAGUGACCCCAUUCUUCUUUGUUCCUCCAAAGCAGUCGGGUCAAGCACGCUGAAGGCAUGUGACAUGUGUUAAGCCUGAUAAGCCAACUUUGCGAUCUGUUGUUUUCUUUUUUUUACCAAGUGGCUAGUCUCUCGCUAAUACUGACCAGCUUUGAUAUGAGACAAACUCUCUGCUUUGUUGUCUAGCUCAGACAUGUGCAGUAUUUUAACAUAAUAUUAUGUUAAGGCUGCAUUAUCCAGGUGUUUCUCAUCUCUCUUUUCUUGAAUGUUGCUGCAGUUUGUGGCUCUUGGAAAAAGAUACUGUUUGUUUUUGUCAUUUUAAUACUUGAAGCAGAUUUUUAACCGCAAUGUUGCAUCCUCUAUUGAUGUAGGAUGGAAAAUGUGCAAAGAGACUUUCUAAAGAGGUUGUCCUGAUGUAUAUCAAAGCUACUAUUAGUAGUUUUUAUCUGAUUGAGAGGCACACUGACAUGAAUACUUAUGCCUUCCUGGGGCUUAUGAAAUAUCAAGGGCAUCAGCAUGAAGAAACAAGGAUUUCUACACAGUUGUUUUAGGAAGCUUCAGUAUUCACAAAGUACCUCAAGGGAGCUUCAAAGCAUUCAUAAACAAGCCAAACAACACUGAACAUCCAAGGUUUCACUGACUAAUCAACUUCUUGACAACUUAACCUUUAGCGAGUGCUGCAGGCAACAGUCAACUCGUCAAAUAGUCAGUAUAGUCUCAGAAUAAGAGGCAGACCGUGGCUCUGACAUGCAGCCAAAGACUUGUUUUGUUUAGGAAAGUCACACAGCUUUUGUUUUUCCUUAUUAUGUGGAUGAAAUGUGAUUCUGAAAAAAGGCAUGUUACAGUGAAAUGCUUGAGCUGUUUGCAUUACAGUACAAUGUCAAUUAGCCUACUUUCCAAGUCUUUCUUACAUAACAGCUAAUCAACUUGUCGAGUCCUAUUUCAAAACUACUUGGCUCAUGGGAGUAUUGCACCACGAUACUUUAGGAUUUUGGUGCAGCUCUGUGAAAUUAGUUUUAUGUUUUAUUGUGGCUUCAGGAGAGAUGUGUUGCAAAUACAGAUGUUGUCUAAAAUAUAAAAACAGAAGGGUAGACUGAAAACUGUGAAUUCAGACUGAUAAUCACUCCUUCACUUUCUGUUUCUUUAUCCCACUCCAUAAUGUUAUUGUGAUAUUUAACAAUGUAAUCGCAUACUGCAUAUUUUUCUCAUAGUAGAGGUUCUGCUAAAGAUCAAAUCAAUCAAAGUUUUUGUUUCACCAAAUUCAAACUAAACUUAUCUCAUCGCAUAUUAAACAGAUUUAUUCGAACUGUAAUCAACAAAAUAAAUUCUUGGUCGAGUAAAACCUUGAAAUUUUCGACCAAAUCGACUAAUCGGCGGUGGGGGAUGUCCGACUGUGAUGGCGGGGGACGACGCGGCUCAGUGGGGUGAAUAUCUACUGAUAUCAGCACAAGAAGUCAAUUAAACACGAGGAAAGUACAAUCGCUCAGAGUAAAAACAAAUAUUUAGUAAACGCCCGGAUGUUGAUUAACAUGGGCGCUCUGCAAACUUCCGGUCUCCAUUUGGUUGGGCGAAUCAAAAUGGUGAAAACAGGAGGGGUGUUUUGAGACAGGCUGCUACCUGUGAAAUGGGGGUGCACUAAAAACACCCCCACUUGGUAUGUUCCUCCUGAUGAAAUUUACCAUAGACCGUUAAUUGACACAGAAAAAAAUCGGGUCGACCAAUAAGUCGAUCAGUCGAUUAGGAAUUAACAGCCCUACACGUGGCAAUGUUUCAUUAAACCAAAUUCUAUCUACAUGUACAGUAUUUAAAGUUCAGCGUUAUUAUUACUUGAUUCUUUGUCAAUUUAUUUACAGAGACCUGACAGUUUUUCACCAAUCAUCCCCCCUUUGGUAUCUAUUAUUACUUAGUUUUUAUUUUUCAUCCCAGUGCACAGUGGAGGGGUUUGCAAAGCCGUACAUAACCUUUAAUCUUUUUUUUUUUAACUCUCCAAGGACACAUGUUUAGAGCAGGAGUUGGUUGUGUUUUUCUCUUCCCCCAGAGUGUUUGAUUUACUGUUUAACUUCGUACUCCUUCGCUGAAAUUCACUCUCUCACCUCUGUCAAACCCAGUCUAGCCAGACUUUACAGGUUGUCAGCUGUUACCAAACUGUUUUGCGAAUCUGCCUGAUUACUCCUCCUGCUCAUCAUCUCCUGUCUGUACUAUGUCUGCUAUUUACUGCUGACACCGGUCUCAAGUCAUACUGCAGACUCUGGAGAAAGGUAGAUGAAAGCUUUUCGAAGCUUUAAUCCUUAAUGUGGAUUUUUCUCGUAUUUAAGUGAGAAGAAAGAGAAAAGAAAUCCAAUUCAAUCUAAUUCAUUAAUCGUUUUUCAUUUGAUUAGCCCCGAUGCUUUGGUGUUUAAAGAGUCAAAUCACAUGUGCAGCAUUGAGCACGCACUCAAAGUGAGAGAGGAAACCACCAGGAGUCAAACGGUGCACAUUACAAAUGAAGAGACAGAGGUGAAGCUAAAGACAGAGUUUCAGCUGCUGACAAGGUGCUGUGGUUGUAAGACGUCAGUGUCACGGGGUCAAAAAAGGUUAAAGUUAAAGUCGAGAAAUGACCAGACUUGGGCUCAGCACUUUGGGAGUCCGGCUUGUUUCAUGGGAUUAGCUCUUUCUUUCUAAGCCAUGUUGUCACAGACACAAAUGUUGGGCACAAAGGGACUCUUGUUCUGCUCUUUUAAUUUUGCCUAAUCGCUUGAUUACCCAAACGUUUGAUUCAUCAAUCGCUUGACAUCUUUUGGAGUAGCAGGCUCGUGACAGAGCUCUGUUUAUUUAUGUCGUCUGUACUGGAGAACCAGAUUUGAAAUGACACUGAUGAGUUUUGAUAACUUUACUGGAUACUUUGUUUUCAGUUUCUUCAGUCUGAUCAGCUUGUGCUUGUGUUGAUUUUGUAAUUUUCUCCACUAAUUUAUGGAGCUCUUGUUUCAUGUUGACUCAGAAAACUGAUACCCUUUUGUUUUUUUGCUUCUUUCUGAACAAGGGGGCCCGGUCUAUUCAGUAGCUCGAUACGGGUCCACAGACGGCAGCGGGGAGCAUUCAGAGCACCACCAGAGUAACAACCUUGGUAACAGCCACAGCGACCAUGGCUUCUCCACGCCAUUGGCUGGUCACUGGGUCGGUGUCGAACGGGAAGAGGAGGCCAUUCGCCGGAAGUUGAAGUACUUCUUCAUGAGUCCCUGCGAUAAAUACCACGCCAAGGGUCGCAAACCUUAUAAGCUGAUCCUACAGCUGCUGAAGAUCAUUAUUGUGACAGCACAGGUACAGAGUUUGUUAGGUUUAUAGCCUGAUCUGUGAUACCCUUUUAUUUGCAUAUAUUCCUUCUUGGCAGUCUGCAUUUUUUUCCUGAGUCUUUUCCGGUAUGUGUGGAGCUCCGGUUUAGUCCACACUCUUGUCUCACCCUCCUCUACCUCUAUUUCCUUGACCUGAUUUUUCUGUCCAUUUUGCUCCAGCUGGUGCUGUUUGGCCUCAGUAACCAGGUGGUGGUGACCUUCAAAGAGGAGAACACAAUGACCUUCAAACACCUCUUCCUCAAAGACUACGACGAGUCCUCUGACGAUUCCUUUGCGGUCUACACCCAGAGUGAUGUCUACGACCACAUCUUCUAUGCAGUAGAGCAGGUACGCAAAAGACACAUAAAAUAUGGCUUGUUGAUUUUUUUAUACUCAGACUCAGCUUAAAUUCGAGAUCAGAUGAGGAGAGUGGCACAAAGAAGACCUGUUUCUGUAGACAGCAUCUGAGAUUUUAAAUAUUUAACACAUUUGCAGUGGUUCCAGACAAAGCUAAGAAUAUUUUAUCAUAUUCUGCAUCCACUCGCCACAUUUAAUGUGUCAACUUUGGAGAUAUUAGCUCUAAGCUCUUUUACCAAUGCAUUCAAUUUGUAUAGGGAUAAAUGAAUGGCUAACAGUGGACUUACUUUCUGAGCUGAACUGCAGUAUCCAGUAUCAGCAAGUAUUAAGGUGACCGUAUUUUGGAUCCCCAAAAAUAGAACACUACUACACAGGGUGAAGUCACAGAGUUGUGCAAAGUAAAUUUUGAGAGUUUUUCAGGUCGGGUCGAGUGUUUUACAUGCUUCUAACUCAGUUAGUCCACGUAACACAAACUUAAAACUUCCAUACAAAACCCUGGACAAGGAUUUUAUAAAAUCCCCUGGACAAGGCCAGACAAGGCCAAACAGCCCCCCAAAAAGAGAACAUGUCUGGGUAAAAGAGGAUGUAUGGUCACCCUACUAGUUUACCCGUCAAUGUAUCUGUCAGAUACUAUAACCAACUAGCUCCCAAAAAACAGCAAGUUUCAGGUCAGAACACAGGAAAGACUAUCUUACUCUGUCAGAAGAGGCUGCUGAGUAAGGACCUGAUCAGUGUGUCAGGGUCUUAUCUUGUCUCUUCACACCUUUUUGUCAGAUAGAAGCUUUUGUUGACUCUGAUGUUUUCUCUCCUCGUUCUUUCCUCAGUACCUGGCCUUGCCAGAGACCACAGUGGGACGGUACGCAUACGUGUACGAUGUUGGUGUGAAUGGAAGUGCGCUGUCUCUCUGCCAACAGUAUUAUAAGAAGGGAAGCAUUGACCCAGCCAAUGACACAUUUAUCAUAGAUCCCCAUAUAAUAACAGGUAUGUAGAAAUACAAUGAAAAUCAUAACAGAGUUACCCUUGGGCAUUAAUUUUUUCUGACACUGCCAAUAUUGUUAAAACCUUUCCUCUUCGUUAUAAGCUGCAAAAGAUAUUUUGGUAACACUUUCUUUUACGGUACACUUAUUACCAGGUAAUUAACAGGUAAUUACCUAGUAACAACAUGAAAUUAUCUGGUAAUUACAUGAUAACUACUAAGUCAAUACUGUCUAGUUUUUCUUUUUUCUGUGCAGCUCCAUUUUCCAUUUGCGUGCCAAGAUUGCAUAGUGAUAAGCUGUUUGAGCCGAGCAUUAUCACAGCGACUCACCCGCCGAAUGCGUACAACGCUACUGCGCAAGUGGUGGUUCCAGGAAGCAGAGAAAAUCCUGGAAAUACCAGAGCAAUUCAGCUUCAAAUUUGUAUGAUGAUGGAAGGUUACCUACCUGGUAGCUAGACAGUAUUGACUUAGUAGUUAUCAUGUAAUUACCAGAUAAUGUCAUGUUGUUACUAGGUAAUUACCUGUUAAUUACCUGGUAAUAAGUGUACCGUAAAAGAAAGCGUUACCGAUAUUUCUUGGUGAUAGUAAGUUUGAACAAACAUCAGAUGAAAAAUAUGCUUUGGUACGAGUGUUGUAAUGUCAUCUUAGUGGGAGGUUUAACUGUAAGUUUUCAUGGUGUUUCCUCAUGAAACUUUGUACCAGCACAUGUAAACGAAAACAGCUGACAACACAGACGAUAGGGUGGUGAUUACUUCUUUAAAGAGUUAACAUUUACAAGAAUAUUUCAUGUGAGAAGUUGUUAUGUACCCUCGGAGUUUCUUACUUCCUCUAAAAUUUGCUUAAGUUUAACUCAGACACAUACUGACCUGAAGAUUUCUAAUUUUGUAAACACACACAAAAAAAAAACAUGCUGCCUGGAUUGAGAAACUCUUCGUUUGUAAACCUUAUGAUUGUUUCCUGUAUUUGCUAAUAUUCACUCAGCAUUGCUGUUGUCUGUCUGUUCUCCUUUUUUGUUUAGACUGUAUAGGUGUGAACCCGCUCUCUGUGCCUCCAGGACGGCUCGCUAACAGUUACAAGAACUUUACACUCAAGUUCCACAAGUAAGGCUUCAUUUUUCUCAUGGCUUCAGCUUCACCUCAUUUUGCUUCCACUGCUGACCUUUAUCUUUAUAGUAUCUGAUGAUGACAUUCAAAAAGACGCUUAUCUCUGCUGCACACGCAGAUUCAAGCAUGCACAAGCUCACUGUACAAAAACCCCACACGGGUGUGCACGGUUUCUAUUCCUCCCCCCUGUGUGUUUGUGGUCUUUGUAGACAUGGUAUUUUCCUGAGCCUCUUAUAUGUUUGUGUCGUCUGUUCUCAUUUAAAGGCUCAUCAAUGUGACCAUCGACUUCCAGCUGAAGGCGAUCAAUAUACAGACAAUCAUCAACAAUGAAAUACCAGACUGCUAUACUUUUAACAUAAAGGUGAGCAACGAGGGGAAGGACAGACAACCAAAACAGAGUGACUCUUUUAAUAGGAAUUAAAAGUGAAAAAGAGCAAAUGUUAAAAAGACUGUCUUAAUUUUGAUCUUAUAAAAGCCCAAUCCAUAUUUGUCAGAUUAUCAAGAAUGAAAAUAGACCCUGAACUAAGACAGUUUCCUAGGAACUCCUGUCAGCAGGAGGAUUUAUACUGUUUACUCAGAUCACAGUUCUCUCUUUUUGUUUGCCUUGUCAGAGUUCUCUUAAUAAAUCAGUAAAGCAAUUUGACACUGUGCUUUUUUUGUCCUUUUGGAGAAGGUUGCUUGGUUUGGAAAAAGUCUUAAAUUUACCAGAAACCUAAUCUGCUAGUGGUAAACACAAACUAGACAGCUUUUUUAGUGACUUUCAUGUUAUUUCAGAGCCAACUCUUUGAUCUGUAGUACCUCUGGUAAAUCUCCAACCAAACUAUAAACUAAUUGUCUUUAAAAUUAUCUUUAAAAGUCCAAACUCAUGAUCUCUGUGUUCCCAGUGGUAGUCGUGACAACACUGUUUGAAUAGAGCCUUAAAGCUUAUGACUAUGUUUUUUUUAGUGAAAACUACAUUUUUAGGAUUUUAUGAGAACAGUUUCCAUGGUUUUGAACGUCCCGCCUGUUGCCUCUCUCUGCAGAUAGUCCUUGAUAACAGAGCUCACAGUGGGAAGGUGAAGAUCCGCCUAGAAAAUAAGGCCGUCAUUAAAGAGUGUAGGGACCCAAGCAUCUCUGGACACGGUGAGACACCAGAUGAGUAAGCAUAAGAAAAAAAAGGGGGCAAAAACAAAAUGUGUGAAAGUUUUUUCUCUCAGCUGCCAUCAUUGGUAAAACAGGAAGUUUUAAUGUGUGAAGUUAUUAAUACUGCACCACCGGUACUUUGAAUAAGUGGUAAACUCCAACUCCGUCCAGCCAAAUCACUCUGACAAGCUUCUCUUUUUCCUUUGAAACAUCCAGCUGAGAGCUACACACGCGUAGCUUUUGACGUGGCUGUUGCUCUGGUGUGCCUGCUGUCACUGCUGCUGUGUGGACGCUCCAUACUGCGAGGCAUCCUCCUGCAACAGGUGUGACAAGUCAAAUGUUAAUGUUAAGUUUUUUUAUUUUUAUUUAACAUCAAUUAUUAACCCGUCAACGAGCCUUCCAAUUGGAAGGUACUUCAAGCACCUUUUCUUCUGUCUGUGUGUAUUCAUCAGGAGUUUGUUCAGUUCUUCAAAGCAACUCUGGAUCGUAAAGUGUGUUGGUCAGACCGGAUGGAAUUUAUAAACGGCUGGUAUAUCCUCCUCAUCAUCAGCGACGUCCUCACCAUCACUGGCAGUAUAAUCAAAAUUGGCAUUGAGACAAAGGUGUGUGACAAAAUCAGUGUUUUUUCUUUUUUUUCAAUUCUGUAAUCUCUUUACAAUUUUCCCUUUUUGUUGUUAAAGUUUAACUCUCAGCACAUCAGUAGUCGCGGUGUGUCGUUAUCCAGCUGUGCACAUAUUAAGUAUUCUUCUCUCUGCGUCCCUGACAGAACAUGUCCUCAUAUGAUGUGUGUGGCAUCCUGCUGGGAACCUCCACACUCCUAGUGUGGGUCGGAGUCAUUCGGUACCUCACAUUCUUCCAGAAGUACAAUGUAAGUCUCACACACACACACACACACACACAUACACAGGUGUGUUAAAUUGAAAUUAUGUGACUUUCUUUUGAUCCCAUCAUUUGUCAUCAGUCAGGAAACUUAGCUCUGAUUGGACUGGUGUCAUAAAUGUAACCUCUCUGUACCUCCCACAGAUCCUGAUCAUAACACUUAGAGCGGCGUUCCCCAACGUGAUCCGGUUCUGCUGCUGUGUGGCUGUAAUCUAUCUUGGAUACUGCUUUUGUGGCUGGAUCGUGCUGGGACCGUACCACGUCAAGGUGAGCCGGUCUGACCCUGUGGUGUAAUCAUUUAUCAAGUGGUGGAUAUUAGGAAUGGGCAUGAUUAAUGGAUGAUUGAUGAAUUGACCGUUAAGAAUUACUUCGAUCACGCCAAAUGUCAAUCGCUCUAACGUUAUUAAAAAAGGACUGACAGCAUAUGUCCAUCCUCCAGCUGUUUUCCAGCAAAGAUCAACCUCUGCUGAUCAGGAGUGAUACCCUCUUUGUCCAGUCGGUGUGUGUGUGUGUGUUGAAGCAAUGUAGUAACUAUCACCGCACAGAAGGAUUUUGACAUUUUACAAGGGGAGUAAUACAGCAUCAUCAAGGUUCCAUAGAAGUUGAAAAAAAAAAACAUGAAGAACGUAAGAAAUGGGACCAUUUCGAGCUGAAAAAUGAUGAGGUUUGCUGCAAACACUGCGAUGCUGCUACAACACGACAACGACCCCAAUGAUGUACCACUUGAACCACAUACAUCCGACUGCUCGCAAAAAGGAUCUGAAGGGUGCCCAGACAUCCCUGAUUUUGGGGGACAGUCCCCGUUUUGGAUGACCUGUCUUUGGCUAAAAUUGUCCCCAGAAAUAUCCUAGAUUUUAGCGUUUUAUUGAAGAAGAAAACAACGGUUAUUAUGGUAGCUGGGGAGGUAGGAAGCGCAAGUAAGCAUGUAGCGUGCAGUCUGGGGGUUGUAUUUUCUGCCAUUCACAUUAAAAAAACGAUCAAAUCGAUGAUUGAUUGUUAAUUUAUAUGAUUAAUCGAUCAACAGACUUUCUUUAAAUGCCAAUUCUUCGUGGAUUUUCAGGUUGGGUUUUUGUUAAUAAUAUCACAGAGUGCUGUGCUUGCCCUGCUAAUGAUGUAAAGCAGCUUUAGAAAACCUUCAUCGUGACCAGUGCAAGACAAAGACUGAUUGUUUAACUGAUCAAACCUGCAUUAACUUUUUAUUUUUAGUUGUGGGCUAGGUGGCAAAAAGCUGCAUAUCUACAGCUACCUGCUACAGCCAAAAUUAUUCCCUCUAAGAGUUGAACAUUAGCAAAACCAACUCUGUAACACAUCAGAUUAUGUUCUGUGUUGGAUUUAUGUGACAUUGCAUUACUCCUAUCAGCUAAAAUCAGUCCAGUUCAACAAAGUGAGCUAUAUUUAACAUGCAGGAAAAACACUUUGUAAGUUUUUUUAACCUAAAGUUACGGUGUGUUUUGAUUCAUAAUCUGUGCACUUUUGUACCAAGUCAUGAGUCUUCUAGAAACCAUUUGUAGGUAGUUUUGUUUCAGUAGUUUGGUUUACACUUCUUUGCUCUUUUGCAAACAUUGAGUAUUUAUCCAUGCUAUCAGUCUGAAAUAGUGUCUGACUGAUAAGAUUUGCUUACAGUUCACCUGCUCAUGUCACAGGAAGUACUAUUCCCAAUCUGAAGGACACGUUUAACUGAGGUAGACCAAAGACAGACGUAGAAAACCAGUCCACUCUAGAAAACUUUGGUGUCUUUGUGGAAACUCUUACACCCACAGAAAGCUGCCCAGUGAAAGUUAAACUAGUCUGCAUGAAUUGCUGAAGACAUGGUGUAUUGUGACUCAAAACUGUGGAUCAUCUUCCCCUCACAGUUUUUACAGGGUUUUCAUAGAUCUUCAUGUCUUCUCCCCUUCAGUUCCGCUCUCUGUCCAUGGUGUCAGAGAGCCUCUUCUCCCUCAUCAACGGGGACGACAUGUACGUAACGUUCUCAGAGAUGCAGGAGAGCAGCACUUUGGUGUGGCUGUUCAGUCAGGUGUACCUAUACACCUUCAUCUCCCUCUUCAUCUACAUGGUGCUGUCACUCUUCAUCGCUCUCAUCACGGGAGCUUAUGAGACCAUCAAGGUAAGAAAUAAACGCUUUGACAACUCCUAUUUUAUAGAGGUUUUAGAAAAUAUAAUAAUCUUGACUCUGAUUUCCACAGCACCAAACCCAAGAACCCAUCCACAUCACAGACCUGCACGCCUUCAUAGCAGAGUGCACAGACGCACCAAAUUCAGGGAAGUUCAGGGUUCUGGAGACCUCGCCCUGCUCUUUCUUCUGUUGCUGUGACAGGUGAGGGGGGAAGAAUAUAUUUUACGGGGGUGAUUACAACCCUACCAUUUAUGGUUUUUCAUUUUAUUAUGAUGUGUUAAGUAGGAACAUAGACGAAAAGAGGAAACACUCGUGAGCUACUGAGUCAUAUCAAGUCAUAAAACUGUCCAUGGGCUCAUGUUUUGAAUGUCAGCCAGAAAGACAGAUCACGGCACGUUUAUGAUUACAAGGAACAAAACAAGGGCAGUGAGCAUUUAAAAGAAAAAAAAACAACACAAAAACAAAAAAAAGAAGUAUAAGAUAUAUUCUGAAGUUUUCGGUUGUAGAAACUGGAGUUUUGGGUGCCAGGUGGCCCUAUUUUUUACGCAUCUAAACUGAACCAUCUUCAAGUGUUUUCCUCCAUUAGGGACCAUUAUUGCAGGUCAAACCAAUCACUUCUCCUGACUAUCGUCCAAUCAUCCAUAUCAAAAUAAAAGCAAAACUCCCCCCAGAAUUAUACAUUUCUGUUUAUGGAGUACUAUAAAACAUACUGUAUUUACAAUGUUUUUAACCAUGUCUGAGUCCUUUGUUUGGUAUGUUUUGUUGAAAAUUCCAACACGAUGUGACUGUAAAUAAAAGUUUGUGAAAAUGUUAUGAAUUAAGCAUGCCUAUGUUUUUUAUCCCCUCAGAACAACAACGUAUGAAGACAACCUGCUGGUGAACUAAAGAUGACCUCAGUGACCUCACAUGCCUCACUGUCUCCCCCUGCUGACCACAGGGAUUCACUGCGCGCACACUCGUGACGCCCAGUGUCUCUGUACAAACAUGCUGUAUUUGGGUCAAACCUCAUGUGAAGGAGGAGUCGACAUCAGCCAGAAGGAACCUUUAAAAAAAGAAAAACCUCCCUCACUUUUUUCAACCUCUCAACCCUGCGUUUAUAAAAAACUCCAGACUCAUGCAGGACUGGACCUUCCUCUUGUUGUGAACUGGACCCUGCAGCAUCAUGAAUGCACAGAUAAUUUUCUGUGUCGAGUUUUUAAGCAAAACAGUAUUUCUUUCUCGUGUUUUAAGUGAUGCACAGUGCUGAACAAGAAACAUGACCCACAUAGUGGUAGAAACAGGGUAGACUUAAGUAGUUUGUACACGGUGCUGUCUGUUAACAUUUUUGUGUUUGUCUUUUUAUAGUAUUUCAAAAUAGGUGACCUCUUGAAGACUCUGCUCUUUAGAUAAGGCUGCUAUGCCAGAACAUAUUUUGAGAAAAUACCUUAUUCCCAAGUACUCCAUUAUUUAAAACUCCACGUCAUCCUGAAUAUAAUGUGUACAGUUUUUGCUCCACUGAGUCAAAUAUGCUAUAGAGUCCUGUGCAACUAUCAUAGGAUGUUUAAAUUCACACAGACUGAGUGAAACUUAUCAUUCCAUAUGCUGCUCAAGAUAAUCUGGGAGAUGCCUUCGGUAAAUAGGACAAACAGACCCAAGCGGGAUUGAUGUGUUUUCCCUCCUGUGGCUGAAUCUCAAGUAUAAAGUUUCAAACAGCUCCACUGCACUAACACCAUGUUGCCUUCAAAUGCAGACUCUGCAGUUGAUGUAUUCACUGCUGCAUUUGUUUAUGUGAUGCAUUGAGCCGUUGAAUUGCAUUGCUUUAUUACAUUACAAUAGCGAUCACUCAACAUUGCUUUCCCUGACCGUUUAUGUUUCGUUAACGAUGACAAAGUACGUCAAGAAACAAGGAGUUCAUCCAUUGCUCGGAAGUUAGAGUCCCAUCACUUUAUUUCUUUGCAUCAGUUUGUUUUAAGAGGAGUAUAACGUGAACUGCCUGAACAACUAAGAGCAGGGUUUAGGGUAGAUAACAAGACAACUUAAUGAUAGCAAAGAAAAAAACAACAACACACAUUUCUGUCUCUGUAAUCAUAUACUGUCAUAGUGAAUCAUAGUGAUUUUUAGUCCGUUUAAUGUCUAUUUAAUGAUGUCUUGAGAGUACAGUAAUCUUCAACUUUAUCUUGAAUUCAGUUCUCAUUCUCUAAGUACCGCACUGAAUGCACAGUAGCCAAGGGAUCAACAGUCUUGACCCCACAGGUUAGUAAAACAUAGAUGUCUUGUCUGAACAGUAGAGGUCAGUGAAGUGAGAGAUGACAGUAUUUUUUUCUGUCAUUUCGGCUUCGGUUUAAGGAGCCUGCAAUGUUGCUUUAAGCUAAAUUUGUACAUUGUCAGUUUGGAUCUACAUGAUGUGCCAAAUGUACCCAUAGCCUUAACUUUAAAUUGUACAACAAGCAUGUAUAUAUAUUAUCUAAUUACCUAAAUGUACUUUCCUACAUUUUCAUGUUUUUGUGUGUCUUUUAUACAAAUGAUCUGCACUGCUACAAAGAUGUAAGCAUUAACGACAUAAAGUUGUCUUUAAGUCAUCCAUUUGGUGUUAUAUAAAUAAAUGAUUUGUUGAUUUCA